AUGACGGUAAGGGCAUUACAACAAAUCUCCACCGGCCGGAACGGCGUCGGAACCUUCAUCUUGCAAUGCAAGAAGAUGGACUUUCACUACUGUGACUGGGCGGGCAGUUCCAAAGGGAUGAACGGCUUCAUCAAGUCCCUACUCCCCAAGUUCGCCGCCGCCAACGCCCAAGUCGAGUUCGCCGUUUCGCCGCGGCCGUCCAAGCACCCCGUUAUUAUCGCACAGUACAUCAACGGCCGCGAAAAGUCUAUCUGCGUGCGCAACAUGGAGCCCUAUGAGAUCCUCAAGAAAGCCGAGAUCCUCCGCGACGGCAGCGGCGAGAAGAACCGGAGGACCGCCAAGCCCGUGCAGAGUAUCAACGAGUCCGUCAGAGGCGUAUGGUCCCCGUACCACGGGAAUGGGUUGAAGGUAUAA